AUGAAGCCAUUCUUUUCCGCCCUCAGCGCUUGGAGUUGCGUUGUCAUAUCCUUUUUCGCAGUCAUUAUUUUGACCGUCCUGGGCAUUCUUUUCAAGUCAAAUCACCAUGCGUUUACGGGAUCAGAAGGCUCGCCUGAAGAUGGAGGCGCGGUAGCUGGUUCACUUUUCACUGCUGUGCUGGUAUAUGUGGCCUUCUUUGUCUUUUGCGGUUUCCAGGCAUGGCUGCACGUCCGGGCGAAUCGGCGAGGCGCGAUUUCUCUCCAUUAA